UUUACGGUAAAACAGCUACCUGCUACUCGUGUCAGAAAAUAACCUAUUUUAUUGUUGACAAUUAUUUGUCAACAAGAUGAUAGGAACUAAACGAAAUACAGAUUUAUGAAUAGUUGGAAGCAUAUAAAAUUAUUUUAUUUUUAAACAUAGUACUGCUGGGUUUAUAAGAAUAUUAUUUCUUGUGCGGAAUUAAUUUUGUGACAAGUAAUUGACAGAUGACACAUAACCCAGUCAGUAAUUAAAAUUUGUACUUCCUACUUGCUAAUGCUGUACAUAAAUGUGAAUUUAUGUUUUUUGAUAAAGACUAAAACAAUUAAUUAUUAUCACUAAAAGUGAUAUCUAUCUCAAGAUAUGUGUUAUGAUAAAGUUUAUUGAAUUUAUUUUAUAUUAUAUUUCUAAUUUCUGUAUUCACGAAUAAUAAUAACAAAAAAAGAAAAAAAGAUGCUGAACAGAGUUAAAUCAGUAUUGAUGAAUGCGAUGGGUGGGAGUGAACUUGGCCUACAAUACCCUACUGAUUCUGAUAAUGAAACAGUAACAGAUUAUCUUAAUUCAAACAUUACUGCAGAAGUCGAAAAUAAACCGUAUAGUAGACCUAGUUUUCUAGGAUUAACUACAGAAGAAACUCAAGUAAGUGCUGAUCAUAGGGUAAGACCAAUUAUAGUUCCAAGAGAUUUAAGUCGGUUACCAUGGUGUGCUGGUUAUGCGGAAUGUAUAAAUGCUGGAAAAAGUACAUGGAAUGAAGAUCAAACUUCUGCAACCAGAGGAGAUCUUAAAUUAUCAGAUGUUAAUGUUACAUUGCCUUAUGUCAUAUUUUCUAUGUUUGAUGGACACGCUGGUUAUCAAGUGGCUUUAACAGCAAGAUUACACUUACAUAGGAUAAUCUUGGGAAGAUUAAUGGCAAUACCUGGCAAUAUGUUGCUAAAUGAAGAUGAAGAUGAGCUUAUAAAAGGAAGAGAUUUAGUAAUUGGUGCUAUUGAAUUAGCAUAUAGACAAAUGGAUCAAAUGGUAGAAACACAAGCUCAAGGAGGGGGAGGUGGUUGUACAGCAAUUACCAUUCUAUUCCUCAAUGGUAGAUUAUAUGCUGCAGGUGCUGGUGAUUCAAGAGCUGUAUUAGUUUUGGGAGAGAGUCAGCGUGCAUUAACAAGAGAUCAUACUCCUGAUUCAGAAUCAAAUCGUGUCAGAGCAUUAGGAUUUUUAAGAAGUACUGAGUUAUUGAAAGGUCAUUUUACACCACUAGAAUUUAGAAAACGACCUUUGCAAAAAGAAUUAGGGUCUUUGGUUUUGUAUAGAGAACCUUACAUGACUGGUUGGGCAUAUAAAGUAUUAACACUGUCCGAUUUAAAGCUACCUCUCAUCUCUGGACAUGGCAAAAGGAGUCGCGUAAUGGGUACUAUAGGAGUAACACGUGGUUUUGGAGAUCAUGGCUUAAAAGCAGCUAGUACAGGAGUACAUAUAAAACCAUUCCUAUCAUCGCAACCCGAAGUGCAAUCUAUAAAUUUAGAUAGUUGUAAUCUCACAGAACGUGAUUGCAUUAUUGUAGCCACAGAUGGACUUUGGGAUGUUGUGUCAGAUAAAGCAGCAGCGAAUAUACUUAGAAAGACACUAGCUCCUGAUAAUCCAUCAUUAGAAUACAGACUGACAAUGGGCGCUCAAGAAUUGGUACAAGCAGCACGCGGUAGAUUAGUUGGACGAGCGUGGGUUGGUAAAUCAGAAAAUCUUGAAGAAACGGAUGAAAAAUUUUCACCUAUGGCAUCGGUUGAUGAUAUCAGUGUCUUAGUGGUACCAUUAUAUCCUUACUUGUGCGAACAUAAACAGUGGUUGAAAACAACACAACAAGAAAGAAGAUAUUCCAUGGAUUCGUUACACAUAUCAGUUAAUAAUUCUGUAUAAUAAAUGAUCAGAGCUGUAGGUAUUGAUUACUUUGUGUUUCAGUAAGAAUGUUGCAGUUGAGAUCAAGUGUAUAUUCACAGACUAGUAUCAUGAUUAAUCACCAAAAUACCGUUGCUUUUACAUUGCUUUUAACAGAUAUAUAUAUAUAUAUAUAUAUAUAUAUAUAUAUAUAUAUAUAUAUAUAUAUAUAUAUAUAUUGAAUUUUUAAACUACUAAACAUUUCUCUCUUUUUUUUUUUUGAAAGUGAUAAUUUAUUGUAUACUGCCACGUUUUAAAAGUGUAAUUUAAAAAAUGCCAUGAUUAUUUAACAGAACAUUCCAAAUGUAGAGUGUUGAAUAUAAUGUAAGUAACUUAAUUUUAAAUAGCAUACAGCAUACAAAGUAGAAAUAAAGUCUAUAAUUUUUAAAUUGUAUGCAUCUAUUGUAA